AUGGUCCUGAAAACGAUAGAAGAUAAUUGUAAAUCACAAUUCGACGAUGAUUUGGUCGAAGAUUUCAAUAAUUUUCAAACGACUUCUUCUAUGUCUUCAUCAACAACAAUAUCUACUGAAGAUUUUAAUACGAUCGAAAUCGAGUCAACAUUCGAAAUAUGCAGAAGUGGCUCCUAUACAGAAGAGCCAAUUCUUGGAGAAAAUGAUGAAUUUUUGAUUGAUUUUGAAAUGGAACGAUUUCUGAAAUUCCUUAAAGACAAAACAAAACAAGUAGAAAAAAGAAAAGAACCUUUCUCCCAAAAGGAAAUAUAUGCAGUUUUCCAACGACGCAUUAAAUCUGAGCUCUGCAUUGAAACGGUGAAGAAAAAGUUCCAACCACUCCUUCCCAAUGCAAUUCAAACAUGCGAGUUCGACGAGGAAACUAUGAUAAGAAUGAUCUAUGGUGCAGGAAUUCGAAUAGACUCUGUGGAUUUCUGGAACCGGUUCACAUCGAAAGCGACAAUUUCACUAGACUGCUACUCAAGAUUGAUCUCAUACUCUUCCGACUCUCUGACCUUAAGUGGUACUCAUCGUUCUGGAUUCACAUAUCAUUGGAUAUCCACACCCCCUGUUACUUAUCAUAGGACUGAAAAUAAGGAUCCAAAUAUACAAGAGCCAUCUCCAGUUGAAUUUCUAGAUGUACAAUCGAGUCUGGGUUCAAGUAUGAAACCACCGAUACUUGAUAAGCCCACCAAACUAGAUGACCCAGCUGAAACCCGCCAUGACUGCUCGUAUUCACUGGAGGAGUAUGACUCUCAGAGUCGAAUGCCGAGAACGGACGCCAAGAAAUCGAACCAUAAACACAAGUAUUGUUAUGAGAUGAAUUCAAAUCCGAGAGGGACCGUCCUCAUAUUAAGUAACGAGAACUUCAAGAAUAUGGAGAGAAGAGUCGGAACGAAACAAGACGAAGUAAAUCUAACCAAGUUGUUCCAAAAGCUUCAGUACACAGUAAUUUGCAAACGGAAUCUUGAAGCUGAAAGCAUGCUUGAAGCUAUCAAGGAAUUCGCGGAGAUGGCACAUACCGAUUCGAUCAUACUCUUCCUAUUAAGUCAUGGUGAUGGAGCUGGAAGUGUCUUUGGAAUUGAUGACAUGCCUGUCAAUGUAAUGGAGGUAUCCACAUAUUUAGCGUAUCAUCAAAAUCUUCUUCUCAAGCCCAAAUGGGUUGCCGUGUCAGCAUGUCGCGGAGGAAAAUUGAACAUGGGUGUUCCCGUUGACGGACUGCCAGCUUUGGAAGACAAAUGUGCUCCAAUCUCGAAAUUUUGGAAUUUAAUGAUGUCACGUAUAAUGCCGGGAACCUUCACUUCAUUGAACGCCGACGUCAUCAUCUCGUUUUCCACCACGGACGGGUUUACGUCUUAUCGAGACGAAGAAGCGGGCACAUGGUAUAUUAAAUCCAUGUGUAAAGUCUUCAAUAAGCAUUCAAAAACUAUGCACCUUCUCGAUAUAUUAACGGAAACUGGUAGAAAUGUUGUUACGAAGUAUGAGAAUGUUCAAGGGAACGUUGUAUUAAAACAAGCCCCAGAGAUAUUAUCCAGGCUCACCAAACAAUGGCACUUUUCAAGGUCGAUGUAA